CGCGCCACGACAAGGCGCUAGCAUCCAUGCGCGGGUGCAUCUUCGUUGGCAUUCGCAGGACAUCGCGUCGGAUAUACGUAUACGCGUGCGCAUUGUUAUAUUUAUUCUCGCUUUCUCCAUGACACGAAGCCGUAACUUAACCUAACCUUAAAUGUAAAUCCUGUGUCACCCACGGCAUCGCGUGUUUGAAAAGAUUCCACUGUCAAGCUGCUCGAGGUGGUGUCACAAAGUAUGAGUCAUACCGCAAUCUUUCGCUCCGAUCUGGAUUUUUAAAAUACAAAUCUUCGUGCGAAUCACGCGUAGAUUUGAAUAACGCCCAGCGUCGGAAAGUUUACUGUGUGUCACGACCGUUUGCGGAUGGAUUUUGCGUAUCGCGGAAAGCAAGUGGUGAGUCGGUAGACUCCGACGAGAGAAACGAUUGUUUUUCUCCUGCCGUCGUCGAAUUACGAUGCCGUGCUCGUCUUUGUGAAACGAAUCUCGCCUGGACGGCAAGCGCGAACGAUGUUCUGCUGUCUGAGAAACUGUUUCGACGGCCUCGGCUUCGCCGCGGCUCAAGUACCGCAGCGAGAGCGAAAUCCCAUCGCCUUAGACACGUCCCACAUGGGAAAUGAGGUAGUGAUAGUAAAAAAUGGUCUAAGAAUAUGUGGUAGUGGUGGUGCCUUAACGAACGCCCCUCUCGUUCAGAGUAAAAGUUAUUUUGAAGUAAAGAUUCAACAAGGCGGCAUAUGGGGUAUUGGAUUAGCCAGAAGAACUGCAGACCUUAACAUUGCGGUAGGAGGAAAGGACUCAGAAAGUUGGGCACUGAAUUCAGAUGGUAUUCUAAGACACAAUGAGCAGGAGCUGCACAAAAUACAAAAUCCUGUACAGGAAGGAGAUGUCAUUGGAGUAUCCUAUGACCACGUAGAAUUGAAUUUUUACUUGAACGGGGAAUCUAUGAAUGCUCCAGUCAUAGGUAUAAAGGGACGAGUUUAUCCAGUGCUCUAUGUUGACGAUGGAGCUAUUCUAGAUAUAAUUCUGGAAAAUUUCAUCCAUACCCCGCCAAUGGGCUUCGAAAAAAUAAUGCUGGAACAAUCGUUGCUCUAGCAAAACGGAAGUAAGAUCGUUAAUAUAUCGUUAAAGUUUUAACACUAAUAAUAAUACAUUAUUCGUCCAUUUCGAUUUUAAUUUAAUAUUGGAACUGCGUUAAUAAUAAAUCGAAGAAAGAGAUCAUAAUGACAUUAGUAUUAAGAAAUAAGGUCACAAAGUGUAAACGUUUGUCAUAAUAAUCGCAUGAUGACAUAAAUAUACUUAAUUGUGGAGAAAUGUGAAAUAAACGAUUUGCCUAAUAUGUAAAUCUAUUUUUCGAUCUACUCUCUACAGAGAACACAUUCGCGUAAUAAGUAAGUCGCGUAUAAGUAAUUUUACAUAAAUUAUCUGAAAACUUGUCGGGUUUAUUAAAAUUAAAGGGUUCAUGACAUAUUAAUCGCUCUUGAAUGUGUGACUUAAAUUCUGCUCUAUUCUGAUCUGUCUAUUAUACAAUAUAAUUAUAUAUUUUUGUUUGUAUAAUUGUAUAAUAAUAGAUAUAAUGUAUUCAUAAAUAUGUGUGUACAAUUCAUGUAAUAUAUAAUAUAUAUGUACGUA